AUGCCCCCUUCCCCCACCGAGAACGCACCCAAGACCCAGCAGGAGCUGGAGACCCUCCUCAAGGACGAUGUCAUGGUCAAAGUCGCAGGUAUCGACGUUGAUGGCGUCCUCCGUGGAAAGGUCAUGAGCAAGUCCAAGUUCCUCUCCGCUGCCAAGUCCGACUUUGGCUUCUGCGGUGUCGUGUUUGGCUGGGACUUGCACGACAUGACGUACAUGAACGAGGGCCUCGUGUCAAACAAGGCCAACGGCUACCGUGACCUGUCUGCUCGUAUCGACAUUGCUACUUUCCGCCGUAUUCCUUGGGAGAACAACAUUCCCUUCUUCCUCCUCCGCUUCUGUGACCAGGAGUCGGACGAGCACAUUACCGUCGACCCCCGCACUCUUCUCGAGAAUGUCGUUGCGGGCGCAACUGAGUCGGGCUGGGCCUGCAUGUCCGGCGCCGAGUUUGAGUACUUCCAGUACGACGAGACGGCCAAGUCGGUCCAGGACAAGAGCUUUGUCAACCUCACCCCGCUCACCCCUGGCAACCACGGCUACUCGAUGCUGCGCACCACGAACAACAAGGACUACUUCUACGACCUCUUCCACGAGUCGGCCAAGUUCGGCAUUGAGAUUGAGGGACACCAUACCGAGACCGGCCCGGGUGUGUUCGAGACCGCACUCGCGUACACCGACACCUGCCGCAUGGCCGACAAUGCCGCCCUCUUCAAGCUCGUGGCCAAGAGCGUUGGCAUCAAGUACAACAUCCUGCCAACAUUCAUGGCCAAGCCAUGGGAGAACCUUUCGGGUUGCUCGGGUCACAUUCACGUGUCCCUGCGUGACAAGAACGGCCAGAACAUCUUUGCUCCCACCGACGCAGACGUCAAGAACGGCGGUCGCGCCAGUGCCCAGUGGAAGGACGUCAAGUAUAUCUCCCAGGAGGCCGAGUGGUUCCUCGCGGGCCUGCUCGAGGGUCUCGCUGAUGUCAUCCCCAUGAUGUGCCCCACCAUCAACUCGUACAAGCGCCUGUUGGGCGGUGAGGCCUUCUGGGCACCCGACACCGCGUCGUACGGCUACGACUCGCGCGCCGCCUCCAUCCGUAUCCUCUCGGCCCCCGGUGUCAAGGGCUACGCGACCCGCUUCGAGGUCCGUAUCCCCGGUGCCGACAUGAACACCCACUACGCCAUGGCCGCCAUCUUCGGUCUCGGUCUGCGCGGUAUCAAGAACAAGACCGCGCUUCCCUAUGGCCCCAUGGGCGCUCCUGGCGUCACCCGUGCAACCCUCAAGAAGCUGCCCACGAGCCUCGAGACCGCCACCGCCGUGUUCAUGGCCAAGGACUCACUGGCACGCGAGGUGUUUGGCGACUUCUUCGUCGACCACUACGGCGGUACCCGCGAGCACGAGCUCGAGCUCAACCGCCGUGCAGUCACCGACUGGGAGAUGCGCCGCUACCUCGAGCUCGCUUAA